UUUAAUUUAGUUUGUCUGGGAAAGCCGAAUUGAAUAAGCGUAGCGUUUCGCGGCGCGCUGGUGCUCCCGGUUAUAAAAAACUUAAAUAAAUAAAUGACAAAACCAAAAGUCAAGGAAAAGGCGUUUACAGUGCGAUGCUAAAAAGUCACGGUACAAAAAAUUAAUUGAAAUCUAAAAACGCUUUACAUACUAUGUACAAAUAUUUGUAUAUAAUCGCGGCAUUAUAUUAAUGCAUGGAAGCUCGGAUAAGAGUUCCGCAAUCGCCAACUGACACAAUUUUUCGAAUUCGUCAGGAUUUAACCUUCUGAUUUUCACCGAAUCCGUUUUGUGUGUGAUGCAUAAGAAAAUAAUUUCAUUAUGAAAUAAAAUUGGAUAUUAAAAAAAUCAAAUUAAUUAGUGCAGUGCAAAACGGUGAAUUGGUUUUGGCGUAAAAAGAAAAGGAAAUUUCACAAAUUCGCAAUGAAUUUAUGGAAAGGAGAACUGAAGUAAUAGCGCAGUCAGUGGGAAGAAUGUGCGUAUAUGAAAGGUGCAUAUACUAUAUGUACGGGUAUAUGCAUAUAAAUAGAUAGUUACAUAUGCGUGUAAAUACAAGCAUGUGCACAAAUACAUAGCAUGGGAACGCGAGCCAAAAGCUUAGGCAUUCCAUGCAUAACUACAAGCUAAUAAGCAAAGUGGAAAACAACAAAAAUGAAAAAAUAAAAAAACAAAAUAUUUAAUGUGGUUGGUAGGGUGUAGAUCUCUGACAGAUGGGCACUCGGUCGGUGGAUCUUGUGUCACAUGUGCUUAGGAGAGUGAUACGCGUUUGAAAUCAUAAUACAAAGCGGAGAUGAACAUCUCAAGUCGUUAUCUAAUUCCACAACUAAUUGAAUAUAUUCACGAGCACAAUAACAACAAAUUGAACGCAUUCGCCAGCAAUCAAAGCAGCAGCAACGGCAACUACAAUUACAACGAAAACUGAAUAGCAUACACACAUACAUACAUAUGGAUUGUAUCAGCAAACACUAGUCUAUGUAGGGGCAUUGUUGUCCCAAUGAGACCAGAUGACACAAAUAACAUUCAACUUCCAUAAAUAUGCAAUUAGAGUUUGAACGUCGAACAAAUAAAAAUGGCUUUUCCUAUACAUAUGAAUCAAAAGAGAAUACCAAGGUGUGCCAAUUUAAUCUAGCGGGUUUCAACGUUUAAUGGAUAAAAACAUAUUACAGCUGCAUUACUAUUUAAGGUGAAUAUCGCAAGUACGCAGCGGCUGAAAGGAAAUUCAGGAAAAUCGAUUUCUCAUUGUUUGACAUACGAACCACAAACGCACAGAGGGGUCAACAACUAAAGGAAAGCAGUCACAAAGAUGGGGUUGUGCUCACGAAAAUUGCAUAGAACUAAAAUAUCGGCGAAAACAAAAUCGAGACAUGAUUACAACGGAAAAAGCAGACAUGAGGACUCUGAUUACUAAACAUUCUACGAAUUUAUUGUUGAAGUGUAAUUAACCACCAUCGAAACAUCAGCAAACGCAAAGACCGUUGCUGCGCUAUCAAAAAUGAGGGUUCGCAAAAUACCCCUUCCGUUGCCCAACACGGGGCUGAUGCAUCGAAAAAGGAACACUUAUUACAUACGCGUAAUUAUCGGUGUAGCGCUAAUCGUAUUCGUACUAAUGCAGUUGCAUGUCUUUAAUUACACGGAUUCUCGUGAAAUGUCGAUGAUUGGUGAACCAACAAAUGACUCAAUCGACGCGAUGCUCUCCAUGGUGCCCUCUGUGCUGCAUAAGUUCUUAACGCCCAAAUCGAGAAAUCAAACAGCCGCAGCUCACAUGCAGCACAAUAGCACCAGUGGUGGCAGGUAUAACGGCUCCUACACGGAUUACUAUCAUCCGCCGAAUAUUACGGAGAUAAAGCAACAAAUCGCGAAAUACAAUGAACUGCAAAUAGUUUUAAAUGAGGACACUUAUGGUCCCCUACAAAAUGAUUCUGUGAUAAUCGUAGUACAGGUGCAUACACGUAUAACUUAUUUACGCCAUUUGAUCGUUAGUUUGGCGCAGGCUAAAGAUAUUUCCAAGACUCUAUUAAUAUUCUCCCACGACUAUUACGAUGAUGACAUCAAUGAUUUGGUGCAAACAAUCGACUUUUGUAAAGUGAUACAGAUAUUUUAUCCUUACUCAAUACAAACACAUCCGAAUGAGUUUCCCGGCGUCGAUCCAAACGAUUGUCCGCGGGAUAUGAAAAAGGAUCAUAAUAUUAUCACCUUCUUCAUAAAUAGAGCUAUAAUACGUAAGUGCAAUAAUGCGCUAUAUCCCGAUCUAUACGGGCAUUAUAGGGAAGCGAAGUUCACGCAGACCAAGCAUCAUUGGUGGUGGAAGGCGAAUCGUGUGUUCGAUCAAUUAGAUGUGACCCGUUAUCAUACUGGUCUGGUUUUGUUCCUAGAGGAAGAUCAUUAUGUAGCCGAAGAUUUUCUUUAUCUGCUCGAAAUGAUGCAAUCGUCGGUCGGCAGUCUGUGUCCGCAGUGCGAUAUACUCUCAUUGGGCACAUAUUUAAAAACAUUCAAUUACUACACCUACAACAGCAAAACUAAUAAGAAAUCCCCUAGCAGCCAAUAUGCUUCCUCGCUGCUCACUUCCAGCAAUUUAUUAGGAUAUAAUCGCAAUAAAAAUAGAAAUUCACUGCAAAUGUCAUCGCACGCAUCGUCAUCGUCAUCGUCCACCUCAGCUGCGAAUAGUUUUAAUAAAAAGUAUUUUAACGAAAAUAAUAAAGACAAAGUGUAUGUGGGUGAUACAGCCACCAACACCAACGCACACAUCACUAACAACCAUAAUACCAUAACCACUUCCACCACAACCACAACAGAUAAAAGCGCCGCACAGCAAUCGUGGAGUUAUCACGUGCUACCAUCACUAUAUUCUAUCUAUCAGAAGGUCGAAGUGAUGCCCUGGAUAAGCAGUAAGCACAACAUGGGUUUCGCUUUCAAUCGCAGCACUUGGUCGACCAUACGAAAGUGUGCGCAACAUUUCUGUUUUUAUGAUGACUACAAUUGGGACUGGUCGCUGCAUUAUGUCUCCCAGCAGUGUUUGCAGAAGAAACUGCACGCGAUGAUCGUCAAAGGUCCCAGAGUCUUCCAUAUUGGCGAAUGCGGUGUCCAUCACAAGAAGAAGAAUUGUGAGUCCAAUCAAGUGAUAGCGAAGGUGCAACAAGUCUUACGUAUAGCUCGUAAGUCCAAACAGCUUUUCCCACGCAGCUUAUCGCUGACAGCGGCGAGUUUAGUGAAGAAAACCAAAUUGCGAAAAGGUAACGGCGGUUGGGGCGAUCGUCGGGAUCACCAGUUAUGUAUGAACAUGACUAAAUCAAUGCAUGAAAGUUGAAUUCAAACCAAAUAACCAGAAAAACGCAGAAUUAGCAAAAUUUAUACACAAACAUAUACACAAAAUAAUCGCAAAGAAUCACCAAAAAUUAUACCGUUUGGAACGGGUAGUAAAUUAGAGACUUUUUAACUAAUUAGAUUAUAUCUAGAACAGUUUUUCGGACCACUGUAAGAGAACUAAACUAAUUUGAAGGUUAGGUUUUCCUUUUUCGUAGCAAUAUUCACAUAUCUAGCUGUAAUGUUAACUUUAUUCACGACUUCAAAAAAUCUCAUUAAUUUUAUUAUCAAUACGAUGGCAAUAACAGUUUUUAUCAUUUCACACUUCUAGUAGGUGCCAUGCAUAAAAGUAACUUUUUUUAUUGUUUAAAUACCUUUAGUUGAGAAAUAUUACGAAAUUUUAAAUAUGUAGAAUGAUUAUUUAAACGCCAUACUUUCUGAUUAAUAUAAAUAAUUUUUUUCCAUUUCUGCAGUCGCACAGAUCUAAAAUUUUAUUUUGGUUAUAGCUGUUUAAGUUUCUAUAACAUUUAUUAUGGGAGACAUGUCCAUAUAUCCGAUAUAUAUAUUUUUCCCCUUUCGCUUAAUUUCUAAACACUUUUAUUUUUUUUUUCUUAAUGAAUAUGUCGCUAAUAUCGUGUAGCUUUUUAAAUAAAAAAAAUUGGAGUUAAAGAAGCAGAAUUAUAAUGAUUUUAAGCUUUUAUGCAUUCGUUUACUAGAUUAUUUGUUUAUUGUUGUUAUUUAUUUUCUUUUUUUGGAAGAACAAUUGAAUAUUAGUAUAGAAAAUAUAUAAAAAAAAAACAAUUCUCAUGCCCUUCAAUCACAAAAACCGUUAAACUACUUUAUAAAUACGCAUUUUUUAAAUCUACCUGUCAUUCUGGAAUUUUUGUUUUGUUUUACUAAUAAAAAUGUACUAUUAAACAAUUAUUUAGUUCUAUUUUAUUUUGUUUUACUAAUAUUGUUUUCGUUUUUAGCUUUUUUAAUUGCAUUUAUUUUUAUGUUUAUGUUAUAUUUCACUUAUCUCACUUUUAAUGAAAUGCAUUUGUAACUAAAAAUGUGGGUUUUAGGUUUUUUGAGCAGAAGGUUAUUCUACAAAUUGUUUGUAAUAUUCCAACAUAGUUCGUACUAAGGAACUAAUGAUUUUUGUUUAAUAAUGAACUACUUUUUGUAAAUGUUUAACAAUAUCUAGCAACAACUUAUUAGCCAUUCAGUUUGAUCUUUUCAUCUUUCAACUUCUCGGUGCAAAACAUACAGAGUUGUAUUUACUCAAAUUUUUUAAACACUUUCGUGCAAUAUAAAAUGAGUGAUAUGAUUUCGAUGUAUGUAAAUGUAUUACUAGACUAAAAACAAUAUAGAGUCAAUAUAUAUAUAUAUAUUAAUUAACAUUCUGGAGUGUUUGAUGAAUUUUCGAUGAACUACGCCAUAUCUUGAUUCAAGGCCUUUUGUUGAAAUCGCUUCUGAAUCAGACUAAAGUCUCAUAAGCCAGCAAUUUUAGUGUGACUAUCUACGAUUCUGGAGUGUUCUGAAAUAAAAAAUUAAUAUACAUAUGUCCAUAAAAUAAUAUUAUCUACUUAUCACAAUUUCUUUGGGCAGCGGUGCUAACAUAAAAAAACAUUAUUUUGCUUUAUAAUUUACUUUAAUACAUAGCGUAAACAUAUUUUUAGUAGAUAUUAUAGUUGUUGCUGGAAAUUUGAUUUUUAAAUUUCGGUCACAUCUGCUUCCAAGAUUAGCUAACCUCUACGAAAUGUAUAGUCAUACGUUUUUACAUACAUCCUACAUACAUAUUUAUGAAUGACAUUUGUUUUUUACUGUAGCAGGAGUAAUACUAUAAGCUCACCUAACAUAUGUACGGCAUACUCUGUCGUUUGUUCAAAAAUAUAUCAGUAGAUUAAAUAAUAACCAAAUAUGUAUGACGUGUAGCUAUGGUAAAUAUAACCUAAUACUACGAAAUUCCAAACGAAUUAACUUAUAUGAUUAGUGAAGCUCUUUUGGUCUCUAGAGACCCACCAAAAACUGUUAUUAAUUAAAAUGGCAAUAAUAUAUGUAUGUUUUUAUCCACACAAGACAAAUAUCUAGAAUUUAAAGGUGCAUAAACAUAUAUAUAUAUUUUAUAUAUAUACACUUUGUACAUUACUAAUAAUAAAUAUUUAACUGGUUUAUAAACAUUCACAAAUGCUUUUGUGCGUUCGUAUGAUGGCAGCCAAUAAAUUUAGUAAAGUUCCCAGUUCUGAGGCAAAAUAGAGGUUAGGUACAACAUAAGAAAAUGCGAAAUAGUGGCACUGAAAAAAGUCUAGUCAUUUAUGUAUACAUAAAUUAAUAUAUACCAAUAAGCAUAACGAAUAAAUAAGAGUGAAGAAACCAAUAAAAUUAAGCCAAACCCAUCUUAUUCUCAUAAAUUAGCUAUAGGCAAUAGAAGGUUUUAAGGAUUUGACUAGACAUAUACAUACACAAAAAAUUGUAAUGCAAAAACUCACAUUAUAAAUUAAGUUUCCGUCCAGAUAUAAAACAUCACGUUUACGUUUUGAAUAAAACAUGUUCGCAAAAAAAUGCACAUUUUCACUGAACAAUCCCCGGAGUACUCUUAUUGCUUACUUAUUUUGAAUUAUAUAUGCAUGUGUGUGUACCUAAGUAGAAUAUUUUCUUGCACUAAGCGGAAGUUCCUUUCAACAAACUCAGUCACCAAAUUUUUGAAUUCAAUUUAGGACAUCGGUUUUGACUAGUCAACAUCUCUUCAUUAGGGUGUGCGCAUAGAAACGAAAACGAUCAAAACAAACAGACACUAAUUUAUUAAUGUAGCAUAAAAUAGUUAAUUUAAGUAUUUAUCAAUUAUUAUCUACUAAAUGAUUAAA